UAGUUUUCGUGAUGGGUCGUACUUGAUGCUCAGUGGCAGGAUCUCUGAACCUCUGCACCGAGGUCAGUGGCAUAAGUAAGAACUGAUUAUCUUCCUUUUCAAUUCCAGAUCCGUAACCCGACAGCCGUUUCUCCAAAAUCUUGACUUGAUCAAAAGUUCCUGCCGACGAAAUGUCCUCGACAUCAUUCGAUUACUACAAGAUAUUUCUGAGCCCUCCACCUAAGCAGACGGUGGAGGAGCAGCGAGAUGCACACAUCGCCCGCCUUGUGCAAGUGAUGGAAGGUCUCUUCGACGUCAAGUUCGCCGAGGCAGAGAACGUCCGGCAAGUUUACGAGCUUGAUAAAGUUAUACAAGGGAUUAAACCGCAUGAGGGGCUUGAUGGGACUGAGCAAUGCCAACUAUGGCUGCUUGAACAUCGAGACUGGAUAAUCAAGGCUCGAUCGUCUGCAACCAAAAGCUCGACUAGGGAGCCCACGGAGAGGCGUAAUGCGAUCAAGAACGCUCGGGAGUGGCUGAAAACAUGGAAUGCGCUGAAUGGCAAAGCAAACGAUCAACCUGGAAGUGGCAAGGAGUGUGAUACGCCUGUUCUUCAGCGGAUGAUCGCGUUGUUGGCGGUGAGAUUGGAGCGCCCGGACGGUGAUGGAAAGCUCGCGCAUCGGUAGGUAUAAAUUUGAUACCAGAAAAUACUUUCAUGGCA